AUGUCCGAGCCACUGGACUACCAAUCUCUGCUCUCCGACUCGGCGCGCAACCGCAUGCCCUCAGCCAUUCGCUCGCUUUUCCCUGCCGAACUCAUUCCUGGCAUGGUCUCUCUUCUCUCUGGCAAGCCCAACUCGGAUACUUUCCCGUUUCAGAAGAUCACGCUCGAGCUCAAACCCGAAGUUGCCGAGGCAGGCAAAGUUGAAACAGUCACUAUCGAAGGUUCUGACCUGGACAUAGCUCUGCAGUACUCCGCCACAAGUGGGUUGCCCAAAUUGGUGGAUUGGAUCGAGAACUUCCAGAGCAAGGUACACAAACGACCUAGAGUGAAGGAGGGGAAGCGGGCAGGAGAGGUGUGGAGAUGCUCGUUUGGAAAUGGAAGUCAGGACUUGCUGACAAAGGCGUUUGAAGCAUUGGUGAAUGAGGGCGAUUCUGUGUUAUUGGAAUCUCCAGCUUAUUCUGGUAUUCUUCCAAGCCUAGUCUCUCACAAAGCCCGCUUCUUUGAAGCUGCAACCGAUUCUGAAGGCGUAGAACCCACCGCCCUCGACGCACUCCUCUCCAACUGGUCAACUUCCUCUUCCACCAAAGACUCACCCUUCCCCAAAUUCCUCUACACAACACCCACAGGAGCCAACCCUUCCGGUACUACAGCUUCAGACGACCGCAAAAGAGCCGUCCUUGCCGUCGCCGGCAAACACAACCUCCUGCUGCUGGAAGACGAUCCCUACUACUUCCUCUCUUUCAAAGGUCUAAGCGCCGUUGCUGAUCCAGUUACAAGGGUGAGGGGAAAGAGCUACUUCCAGCUCGAAGCAGAGGACAACUAUGUGGGAGGUGUGGGUAGAGUAUUGAGGUUUGACAGCUUCAGUAAGAUCCUCUCUGCCGGUUUGAGGUUAGGGUUCGUCACCGGUCCGAAAGAGAUCCUGGAUGCGAUUGACUUGGACACGAGCAGUAGAAACCUUCAGACCAGCGGCACCAGUCAGGCUAUUGCUUAUGCGUUGCUGAGCAAGUGGGGUAUCGAUGGAUUCUUGAAGCAUGCGGAUAACGUGGCGAAGUUCUACCAGGAUCGGCUGGAGAAAUUCGAAUCAUCAGCCAAAACCAUCCUUCAAUCCUUACCCUCGAUUGCAACAUGGAUCACUCCCACAGCAGGCAUGUUCCUCUGGAUCAAGCUUCGUCUCCCACCCACCAACGGCUCAGAGGGAGAUGAAGGAGACUCAUUCGAUUUGAUCAGUAACAAAGCUAAAGCUGCCGGAGUCCUCGCUCUGCCCGGUGUAGCAUUCAAACCACCCAAUAAAGGCGAGCGUAAGACAAGUGCGUAUGUCAGAACAAGUUUCAGCCAAGUUCCGAUGGAGCAAGUCGACGAGGCAUUCAAAAGGCUCAGAAAGGUCGUGGAGGAAGCUUGGGCCGAGGCUGGUCAGCAAAUUCCUGCUUGA